AUGCACGAUUUAGUGCAUGACUUGGCUCAAUAUAUUGCUGAUGAAGAGAUGAAACAAUUGGUUGAGCCUGUAGACCAAAUAUCUUCUGCUGAUGGACUUGUGCUUGUGAGUAUUAAAAUGACAAAGACAGAAGAUGGUGGAUUAUGGGAAUACCCGCCAUUGCUUGCUGCUACAAAGUUGCGGUCACUGGUAGUAUCUACAGAUUUUGUCAGUGCUAAUCUUUCAUCUCUUGAAAUGGCCGGGAAGUUGAAACAUCUAAGAUACCUUAAUCUUGCAAAAUAUGGAAAAAUUAAAUGUCUUCCUAAUGACAUGACAAGAUUACAGAACCUGCAAACACUUAACCUUGUGUUGUGCGAGAAUCUUAGAGAGUUGCCAGGAGAUUAUUGUAAAUUGGAGAGCUUGAGGCACUUGGGAAUUACUGGGAGCGGUUUUGAAUAUCUGGAUAUUAUAUUUAGCAAGUGGCGAAGUGAUGCUGUUGUGGAAGCACAAAGGGCAAAUAUGAAGGAAAAUCAACAAUUAACAAGUCUUGAGUUAAAAUUUGAACCCAUGGAAGUAACUCCUGAUUUAGGGGAAAUGGAUAAAAUGUUAAUGUUCUUGCAGUUGCCUCUAAAUCUUAAAGCUAUUGAAGUUAAGUGCACAGCUCUCCCUCACUUAAGUCAGCUGCCUCAUCUCAAAAAACUCUCUUUCCUCAAUUGCUGGCUCUUGCGAUUAGAGGAUUUGGGGUCUCUGAAGGGGUGGACAAGACCAUCAGAGGAUGAUGGUGGUGAGCCAAGGAAGUUGUUGUUUCCUUGUCUUUUGGAAUUGAAAUUGAUGUCAAUAGAGGCUCAAAGAAUCACUUGGAAGAUGUCUGAAUCCAAUCCCACGUCAAUUGAUGAUGAGGAAGCAGCUUCUUCAUCAUCAACAUCUUCAACUACUCUUUUUACUUCAUUAAAAGAGUUGAGUAUUGCUCUGAUUGAAGAUGGAUCGGCUUCUCUGUCAAUCAGUAGUAGGUUCUCUAAUCUACAGA